UAGAUUUGAAUACGUGCGUUGUCGCCCUGCUUUUGGUGCCUGUCGAGCAGCGAGCGGCACAGCAGCCAGACGGACAAGCUGAGGAGGAGAGAGACAGAAAGACGACUAAAAAUCUUCCACACCCAGAGAUCACCAGCCUCCUCGCCUCACCUCCCAGUUUCAGGUUCCCAACAUGGACGCCACCUCGCAGAUCUCUCCAGAGGAGCUGGACGAACUUAGAGAAGCUUUCGCAAAGAUUGAUGUGGACAACAACGGAUUCAUCAGCAAAGAUGAACUGAAUGAGCUUUUCAGAGCCGCUAACCUGCCUCUGCCCGGGUACAAGAUCCGAGAGAUCGUCCAGGAGAUGACCAGGAGCAGCAACCAGCUCACCUUCGACGAGUUUACUCAGAUCGUCCACGGGCUGAAGAGCACCGAGGUGGCGAAGACCUUCAGGAAGGCGAUCAACAAGAAGGAGGGAAUCUGCAACGUGGCGGGGACCUCAGAGCAGUCGGGCACCCAGCACUCCUACUCAGAGGAGGAGAAGGUGGCCUUCGUCAACUGGAUCAAUAAAGCUCUGGAGAAGGACCUGGACUGUAAACAUGUUCUGCCGAUGGAUCCCAACAGCAACGACCUGUUCACUGCUAUGGGAGACGGAAUCAUUCUCUGUAAGAUGAUCAACUUGUCUGUCCCCGACACCAUCGACGAGAGGACCAUCAACAAGAAGAAGCUCACACCCUUCACCAUCCAGGAGAACCUGAACCUGGCUCUGAACUCGGCGUCUGCCAUUGGCUGCCACGUGGUGAACAUCGGAGCUGAGGACCUGAAGGAGGGCAGGCAGCACCUGGUCCUGGGUCUGCUGUGGCAGGUCAUCAAGAUCGGACUGUUCGCCGACAUCGAACUCAGCAGGAACGAAGCUCUGAUCGCUCUGCUGCGUGACGGAGAGAGUCUGGAGGACCUGAUGAAACUUUCCCCCGAGGAGCUGCUGCUGCGCUGGGCCAACUAUCACCUGGAGGAGGCCGGCUGCGGCAAGAUUAACAACUUCAGCUCCGACAUCAAGGACUCGAGGGCGUACUACAACAUCCUGAACCAGGUGGCACCUAAAGGAGAUGAGGAGGGAAUCCCCCCCAUUGCCAUCGACAUGUCAGGACUCAGGGAGAAAGAAGACCUGAAGCGAGCAGAGUGCAUGCUGGAGCAGGCCGACCGGCUCGGGUGCAGACAGUUCGUCAUGCCGCCAGAUGUUGUUCGAGGAAAUCCUAAACUCAACCUGGCUUUCGUUGCUAAUCUGUUCAACAAGUACCCAGCUCUGAAGAAACCAGAGAACCAGGACAUCGACUGGAGCUCCAUCGAAGGUGAAACCAGGGAGGAGCGGACCUUCAGGAACUGGAUGAACUCGCUGGGGGUCAACCCUCGUGUCAACCACCUCUACGCAGACAUCGAUGACGCCAUGGUGAUCUUCCAGUUGUAUGAGAAGAUCAAGGUUCCUGUGGACUGGGACAGAGUCAACAAGCCUCCCUACCCAAAGCUGGGCAGCAACAUGAAGAAGCUGGAGAACUGUAACUACGCAGUGGAGCUGGGAAAGAAGGAGGCCAAGUUCUCUCUGGUUGGCAUCGCGGGUCAGGACCUGAACGCAGGGAAUCGAACCCUCACCCUCGCUCUGCUCUGGCAGCUCAUGAGACGCUACACCCUGAACAUCCUGGAGGACCUGGGCGAUGGUCAGAAAGUGACCGACGACACCAUCGUGUCCUGGGUCAACGACACGCUCACACAGGCCGGGAAACCCACCAUCUCCAGCUUCAAGGACGGGUCGAUCAGCAGCAGCAUGCCGGUUCUGGACCUGAUUGACGCCAUCCAGCCCGGAUCGAUCCGAUACGACCUGCUGAAGACAGAAGACCUGACUGAAGAGGAGAAACUCAACAAUGCAAAGUAUGCCAUCUCCAUGGCGAGGAAGAUCGGCGCCCGGGUGUACGCUCUGCCCGAGGACCUGGUGGAGGUCAAACCCAAGAUGGUGAUGACGGUGUUCGCCUGCCUCAUGGCUCGCGGCAUGAAGAGAGUAUAAAGACCUCAGCGACCGGCCAUCAGUGACCCGAUGGACGAACCAUGAAUCUGCAGACGGCCACAGGUUGAGGAUAAGGGGGGGGGGGUGGGUGUGUUGGGGGGGGGGGGGGGGGUGUGACAGUUAAGAGAGAAAAUAAAACACACACUCUGUUACAGUCUAAUAACCUGAAAUAUUGGAUAUAUACACGGUUUGGAUGAAAAAGGUUCAGAUAAUGUAAAUACAGUUACAGCGCACGUCAAAACAAAGGUGAUGUCUUCAGCAAAGGGAAGGUGAAUACUGGGACGUCCACUGUCUGUUACAUCUGCCCGGUUUUAAGCUCAAACCAGACUCACUGAAAAAUUUGAGUUUUAUUUCUACAAACAUUUGUUGGAGGCAGAAAAAAUCUGAAGGCAGAGCCAGAGAACAGCUGGAAACUAAAGAAUGAGCUCUGGUCACAACAGAAAUAUAAAUCCAACUAAAUAAUCAAUAUUGAUAAAACUAGAUGAACCAGGAGCUACGAUGUGGUCAGGCUGAGCCUCGUACUCCACAGCUUUGUCACUCAGCAAGAAAAACCCUGCUUCUGUUGAACUCAGAUUUCUGCCUCAAAGAAAUGUUCUGGAGGAGUAAACCUCAUCGUCACAGCCGACUCUGGCACAGACCCUGUUCAAGUUUUACUCAGUGAUUCUGAGAAACCCGUCUGUUACAGCUCUCCAGUGACAGUAAAACGUUAUCAGAUGAGUCGAGACUAUCGCUGAAUACAUCGAUAGAUAAAACUGCAGCGCCACAUUUAACCUGGACCUGACGAUGCCCUGUAAACACUGCACACGUAAAUUAGCACGUUAGAACAGAGAAAAUGGGAAAAUAGCAAAUACUAUGAUGAAAUAUGAGUCUAAAACACAAGAGAACUAAGGUGUUAAAAGAGAAAUUGAAGAGUAAAAUUAAUUUGUUUUAAUGUAUUUUAGCAGCUUUUCCAGUUCUAACCCACUGAUGGUGGAUUUAAGCCUCAUACACCUGUCAUGUUUAUUGAUGCUUUCAGUUGCAGCUUUGACCUCUGACCUCUCAUCUUGUCAGUUUCUGGCUUUUAUAAUGUAAAAGUUUGUUGCCUGUUUUCUAUCACUUCUUUCCGUAGCCAUUAGUCGUUUUAUCUGACAUUCAAAAACAAACCAAUUCAUAAUGAAGUACGUGAUUCAGAGUCUGAUGCAGUGCACACGCAGGCGUCGCACUCUCUGCUGCCGUCCUCACUUUUUCUGGUGACACUUUGUUUUCUUAAAAGAAUGAAAGGUGAAUAUUUCUGUGCAGAGCUGAAACGUUCCCCUUCAUCUUCCUGUCUCUUCGAUGCGUAACCUGUCUCAGGCAGAGCUGCAGUCUGACCUGCUCACAACCUUCCUGCCAAAUAUAUGCAACAAAUAAACAGACGUUUGUACGAAA